UAGAUUUAAUAAUUUCGAAAAUAUUCAUCUACUCUUUUUGAAAAUCUUAUUUUGUAUGAUUCUGUUACAGGGAUUGUGCAAUUGCCAUGGAGCUCUCAGAAGAAUGGAAAUCAUUCUUCCCAGUGGGUUCCUCUACAGUAGCUCCUCUUCUUCUCUCCAAUUCCCCUUCUCUCCCUUUGGGUCCUCUUCUCUUCAACCCUAACCCUAAUUCUCUCUCCCUUCUCUUCUCUUCCACCUCUCUGCUACCCUCUCUUCACUACGCUCCCUACCUCUUACCUUCACGAUUCCUUCUCUCUUCCCACCCUUCUUCCAUUCUCCCAUCCACCGCUUCCUCCAUCGCCUCCCUCUUCUCCUCCACCCACCAAAACGACGCUGCUUCCCCCUUCCUCCGCAACCGCCUCCACCUCCUCACCUACCCACGCCGCCCUUACGCCCUCAUUUUAUUCCCCGCCGGCGACAACGACCACAAGCUCGCAUUUUUCACGCUCCGCUUCGAGGACUCGCGCUUCCAUACUCAGCUCGAUACUAACGGCGACGUUUUUUAUGCGUCUACCGGCUCCUCGCACCGUAUCUUGAACAUUUCUGUUAACCCUGUUUCUGAUGAUGACGAGGUUGAUGGAGCUAUCGGGUAUUUGCUGGCUACUACUCUGUAUUCCGUUCAUUGGUUCGCUGCGAGGCACAAUCAAAUUUUGGAUAGACCUGGCGUGGUUUGUUUGGGUGAUAAGAUGUUUAAGACUUGCCCUGUGGCGCAUGCUUGUUGGAGUCCUCAUAUAUUGGAGGAGAGUUUGGUUUUGUUGGAGAGUGGCCAUUUGUUUUUGUUUGAUUUGGAGUGUUGUGGCUCCGGUGCUGGUUUCAAGGGGACUAGGUUGAAGGUGCCCUGGGAUGAUUCUUCGGAUAGUAAGGUGUGGCUGAGUUGUGAGUUUAGUUGGCACCCCAGGAUUUUGGUUGUGGCGCGUUCCGAUGCUGUUUUCUUGGUUGAUUUGAGGCUGAAAGAAUGUAGUGUGAGUUGUUUGAUGAAGAUCGAGACGCUUCGAAUGUAUGCUCCGGAUGAGAAUGAGCGGUUUCUUGCGAUGUCAAGGGCUGCUCCGGACAAUUUUUACUUUGCUGUGGCUUCUACUAGUGUUUUGCUUCUAUGUGAUGUGAGGAAGCCUUUGGUGCCGGUUUUGCAAUGGGUGCAUGGGAUUGAAGAGCCUAGCUACAUGUCUGUAUUAAGGUUGUCUGAUUUGAGGUCUCAUUCGAAGGAGGAUGCUUUUGAGGUGGCUUCUGAAUCUGGGUUUUGUAUUAUGUUGGGAUCUAUUUGGAAUUGUGAGUUCAAUAUCUUCUGCUAUGGGUCUAUAUUACCAUUUCGCAAAGGAUCUGUUACUUCAAAGAUUAACCCAGCCAUUUGUGCUUGGGAGCUUCCACUUGAGAUCAAUUUGUCUGGUCAUGAGUGUCAUUGUGGAAGUUGUCUCUUAAGGAAAGAGUUCUCGAAGGAUGCGCUUCCUGAGUGGAUUGAUUGGCAGCAAAAGAAAGAGAUAGUUUUGGGAUUUGGCAUUUUAAGCAAUAAACUUGCUGCAUUACUCGCUGAACCUGAUGAAAAUGGGGGUUUUACACUGAUAAGGCUUACUUCAUCGGGAAAGUUUGAAUUGCAGAGAUAUCAUGCCUCUUGGGCUCCGGCGAGAAACUUAGAAGAUUGCCCCGAUCAAGUAUUGUGUUUGAAUAGACACUUACUGUAUCACAUGAGUGAUGAGGAUUACAAAUUUCCAAAAAAUUAUAACUACUUAAAAUUGGAUUACCUUUACUCAUAUGCAAGUGGUGGACUCACUCGAUUCCUGGUUAGAAAACUAAAAAAACACUGUAUGGAUGCUCAUGACAAAGAACCUUUUAGCGCAGAAGUGCAUGAGUUAUUGUGUGAGAAAUUAAAUGCUUGUGGGUUUGGUCAAUUAAGAUCCUGUCCUGAAGUUACUUCUGUUUUUAAUGAUGUCAAGCUACCAGAAAGCUUACAUGAGGUUGCUUGGAGAAGAUUGUGGGCUGACUUACCUAUGGAACUGUUGCAGUUGGCGUUUUUGAGUCGUGCUGAAUGCCAUAAAGUUGUUGGAAACCUGGAUCACAUUAGGGUGGCAUUGGAAUCUUUAGCUGUUCCCGAACUUCCUCAAUUGCCUCCAUUCUUUUUAAGGAAAUCAUCACCGCACGGCAAUAAUGACAUUGUGGGUCCAGUUAUUCCCUUUCCUGUUCUCCUUGUGCUUAAUAAAUCUCGCAAUGGGGGCUUAAACUUGGAAGAAGGCGAAUUUUCAGUAGAAACAGAGCUUAGCCUCAAAUACAAAGAAGUUAUGCAGGUGGCUGGCGAGAUUGCUGUGUCAGCUUAUGGGCCUACGCACCUUGAUGAUCAUGCAGUCUCCCUUGCUGAGGAUGGAGACGAAACCUGGGCUGGACAUUCGAAACCAAAGUCUUUUUUGUUAUACCGUCCAGUUUCAUUCAACUCGUCUGCAGCCGACCAUGUAAAUGAAAAGUCUGUUUAUAGUGACACAAAUUAUGAUACAUUCAUUUCUCAUAUCCCAGAGAAGAAGUCCACUGAGCAGACUGAAUCUGUUGGCCAAGAGAUAUUUGAUGAUCUUUCCCCCGUUGAAUUGAGAUUUGAUGCUCCUGCGAAGAAGCUCGAACCUCUAGGUUUAAAGGCAUAUGAUCUAUUGAAGAGGCAGAUGUCUAAAUGGCAACAAAGUUUUGAUUCGUAUAAGGAAUUUUGUAUUCAAUCUAGAUUUGAAAAGAAUAGUUAACGGGUGAUCCCUCCUUUAUUCAUCCUCUUCCCCUUAAAACGUGGAUAUCUUAGAAGCAAAUGGAUCCCCUCCUCCUCCUAUAUGUUGCUUUUGGUUGAUUCUUGGAGACAGGUAUAGUCGGUGUAAUUUUUAUGUAAGUAAUUGACAAUUAAAGAUGGUAGAAUUGAGAAGCUGCUCUUGUUGAAAAGAGGCUCUUAUCAAUUUGAAGAGGAAGUAGGCAGCUAGUUCUCAAAAACUCUAAUCUAUUUGGACAAUUUUAUACUGCUUCCUCCCAUCAUUCUUAGUCCGUAUAGGGGAAGAUGAUCUUCUUUUUUUGCUGGUUUACUUAAUGAACCUAAAAAGAGUUUAUCCUCUACUUCCCCUCAAGAUGAUUCAGGAAUUGACAGAAGUACAGUCUAUCAAUUAUUGAUUGCUCAUACAAGAAUGAUAUUUUGUCCAAGCAACAUCGGUACAGAUUUUAAAGGCUGUCUGUGUGAAUCUGAUAUCUACUCUGUGAUACAAGGCAAAAUGUGUGAAUCUGAUAUCUACUCUGUGAUAGAAGGCAAAAUGUACGAAGUAUUACCAUUGGCAUGUUCAAGUAUCUUCUGGUAUAUAGGAGAGACGCAUUGGAAGACUUGCUUGUUUGUAGACCUGAUCAAGGGCAGCAACUUGAUUUGCUCCAUGGUGUUUUUGAUAAAUUAUUGACUUGAAGUUUAUUAAUGGUACCAAAGUUUCGAGGAGUAAGAAUCAAAGACAUAGAUUGUUGUCAAAAGAAAGAGAUGGGAAGGAAAUAUCUAGAAACUUCAAAAUUGGAUUUAAGACUCUGGGUGCAGGCAAUUUGGCAAAGGUAUGCACUGGGAGUAAGCGGCAUCUUUCUCACUAAGUAAACCUUCUUUCACCUGAGAGCCAAAAUGGAAGCUUUCUACCACUGAAGGUCUGUAUUGAAUGUGGAAAAAGCUCAAAUACUGCAAACAUGAAGUUGAUACAGUACACAAUAUUCUUGAUGAAUGGUUUAAUUAGAGAAACCAGAGUUGUCCGGGAAAAAUUGAAAAUGGACCUGAUGCAUCAGAGUCAAAACCUUAUUUUCAACUUUUGAUUAAUGGUGGCAAGUUCUACGGCUGUCACUGUGAGCUGUUUGUUGAACCUUUAAGAGUGGGUGAAUGCUGUUUCAUGAGAUUUUGAAGUUUCCUAGAUGAUUAUUGGUUUUCCACCAAAAAACAGAAAGAAGUUCUUAAAAUAUUUGGUUGCCACAAAUCUUUCUCGGAAUAGCAUGAUCAUCAAAGCAAGAAAGCAACGAUGUACCCAUCUUUCAAGAUAACAACGAAUCCUUUUCUAAAAGUUGUCAUAAGGGAGAAAGAAAUAAGCAAUUUCCAGUGCUUUAUGCAUCUAAACACCUUUUUAGGACGUGGAUACAGUAUCUUCCCUAAUGUCUAUCUAGUCUUUCCAUGAGUCCUUGCUGAUUAUAAGAGUGGAAAUCUUGUUUUGGCCAACCCAAAAACAUUUCACAGGCUUGAUAAACCAGUGGACUGCCAGACUCCAGAGGGUGAAGAUCAGUUUAGAAAAUGGCUGGGGAUGUUGCCCUCCCUCCAUGGGCCACAGGUAGCCCUCGAGAGUUCAUCGGUAAGCAGCAUUGGGAAGCUCUUGAACCAGGCUUUCUCAGAAAAUUUGUAUCACUGGAUAGACCUUAUUUUUGGAUAUAAGCGAAGAGUGAAGAAAGAUACAUUAAAACCCUUGGCAGAAUCUUCUUUCAGCGCACAUGUAAAUUUACAUUGAGGUAAUCAAAUUCAGUACGAGCUAAUGCUACAUUAUUUGUAACUGUAAAUGAAAGUGAUGCACCUCUUUUGGGUAUAUACACUUUAUCAGAAGUUACCAUUAAGUUUAACUACUUGCAACACACUCCAUCUUGAUUACUUGAGUUGUACUUGCUAAAUAUUCAAAUAUCGAUUUUAUAUUUAGAUA